AAUGGCGUUUGACAUUUUGUUAAUAAUGUGGAUAGACGAUUUUAUUUGAAUUAUUUUUUAAGUAAAGUAUUAGUAUAAUUAAAUUUCCUAAUAAGUAAAUUUACAAUGCCUGGUACAAAUUUGGUGGUACCUGUUAUACUUUGGGGCAAACAUGCCCCAACACAUUGUAUAUCGUGCGUAUAUUUAUCAAAAGAUCAAAAAACACUUGUUACUGGAUGUUAUGAUGGACAAAUAUGUUUAUGGGAAGUGGAUGCAGAUACGUUACAUAUGACGCCAAGAUGCUUACUAGUUGGACAUUCAGCUCCAAUAUUAUGUUUGUCACAAGCAUCCGAUCUUCCAGAUCAUAAUCAUAUUGUUAGUUCAUCGGAAGCUGGUGAAAUGUGUACAUGGGAUUUAGUUGAUGGAAAAUGUAGGGAACAUGUCAAGUUACCAAAUGUUCAUACAAAUAUUCAGGCAUAUCAUAUGGCAAAUUGUGACGAUGUACGCUUAUUUUGUAAUGGAUAUUAUCCAGAAGUUUUGGUUAUGGAUCCAUUCAGUUUAGAAAUUAUUUUUGCACUGUCAUCGAAAGUAAAUCCAGAUUGGAUAUCUGCGUUACAUGUAUUACGACCAGCCAAACGUAAAGAUGACGUUGUUUUGGCAUUAACAACAACUGGUACUGUUAAAGUAUGGACAUUAUUAGGACACGAAAAUAAACAUUCAGAACCAAUUUAUGAAAAUGAAAGUAAACAAAUUCGUUGUUUAAAUGCGAUCAGUAUGAAUUGUUGUGCGUAUAAUCAACGUACCGUUUUAAUUGUAUGCGCAAAAUAUUGGCAAAUUUAUGAUGCAGGUGAUUUUAGUGUAUUAUGUUCGGUAAUAGCACCACGUGGAGCACGUUGGAUGUCCGGCGAUUUUUUAGCACCAGAUCGAGUUAUUGUUUGGUCUGAUGAGGGGAAAGGUUAUUUGUAUAAGUUACCUGCUAAAAAACUUCGAGGAAAAUCAAUCAAUAGCAGUAUACCAGAAAAUAAAGAUUUUCAUCAGGCAACAAUUGAAGGCGAUAAUCCAUUUUUAUAUUGUUUACUGGCUCAACCGGAUACAAAGCCAUUAUCAUGUCCACCGGCAAUGCGAUUUAUAACAACUAUAAAACAAGGCAAACAAUAUCGUUAUCUAUUACGUGGUGAUAGUGAAGGCACAAUUAUUUUAUGGUCAAUACCAGAAGUACCAAAUACACAAUUAUUACAAAUUCAGCAAGAGAGUAUUGUAAAUAAUACAAAUGAUAGUAAUACAAAUGUGACAGCUGGUUGUAAACCACCAGUUCAAUUAAAAGCAACUUUAAAGACAAGUUUAACAGAAGCAUGGAAGAGUAUGAAUCCAUCACCAGUUGGUAUUUUAGAUCAAUUUGAACAUGCUGCUGAUGAUAAAAGUAUUAAAUUAACUGCCAGCCUAUAUCUACCUCAACAAGCACGUUUAGUUGUUGGUCGCGAAGAUGGUUCAAUUAUUAUUCUACCAGCAACACAAACGGUUAUGCUACAAUUAUUACAUGGCAAACAUCAACAAUAUAGUGAUUGGCCACCACAUCAGCUGUUACAAGGUCACGUGGGUCGUGUUAAUUGUUUAUUAUAUCCUCAUGGAGUACAUCCUCGAUACGAUCGUACUCAUUUAGUAUCUGGUGGUGUGGACUUCGCUGUUUGUCUAUGGGAUUUAUAUAGUGGUGCUCUACUUCAUCGAUUUUGUGUGCAUGCUGGCGAAGUAACUCAAUUACUUGUCCCACCGCAUACUUGUAGUGUUCGAAUACAAAAAUGUAUUUGCAGUGUAGCUUCAGAUCAUUCUGUGUGCCUUCUUGGAUUAGGUGAACGACGCUGUGUUUGUCUUGCUAGUCGUCAUUUAUUUCCCGUCCUAACAAUUAAAUGGCGCCCGUUAGAUGAUUUUCUUAUAAUUGGAUGUUCUGAUGGCACUGUUUAUGUUUGGCAAAUGGACACUGGACAUUUAGAUCGUGUUUUAAACGGAAUUUUGGCGGAAGAAGUUCUAUACGCUUGCGAUGAAACUAGUUCAUCAUCAAAUGCAGUACCUGGAACCGACAUAGGUUUAGCAAAUCCUGCAAUACAUUUCUUUAGAGGUUUACGACAUAGAAAUUUAUCUGCAAUAAGGCACGCAACCCAACGUGGCUUACAUCAGUUACAACAAUUAGGAAUGCAUAAUAAUCAAGAUGGUUCACAUCAACAAAAGAAUCAUAUGUCACCGUUAUCAAUUCAGGGUUUACGUACAAAUCCAAAAGAUCCUGAGAGUCAUAUUAUGUUCUUUGAUGUUGAAGCAUUAAUUGUUGAAUUGUUACGUGAAGAGUACUCAUCUAUGUCACCCGGAAGUCUCGAAGCAGCCGGUUUAAUUUCAGCGUCUGAAUAUAACAAGGUUGCUGCGUUGACACAAUCUGCUAGUCCUGAUGUACAUAAAAAAGUAGCCGAUUUUUUUGGAAAAGUAAAAGAUAAAGCUGGUGAUAUGGAGAGGAUAUUAAAAGAAAAAGAUAGACAUGGUAUUUUAGCUAAAUUAAAAGAAGGUACAGAAAAUGUUCAAACGAAAAUUCAAGCCAAAGUGGAGAGUGCUGGUUUUAAAACUUCAGAUAAUAAUAAAGAUUCAAUUGAUGGAACAUCAAAGAAAUCCACACGAAUGAGUAUUGCUGGUCAAUUAGAAAAUAAUCACACCAUGGAAAUAGCCCAACUACUAUUAUCAUUAUUACAUGCUUGGGGCUUAGAUGCUGAUUUAGAUUUAGUAUGUGAAACAAAAUUAGGUUUGUUACGUCCAAUGGUGCCCGUAUCAUUUGGUGUGUUAUCAAAAGGUGGCUAUAUGUCACUAUUGUUACCAACAUGGCAAAGUCACAUAAUUGGAAAUGAAAAUUUAGAGAAUAUUAGUACAUCAGCUUUAGAGAAAAGUUUACCGCCAGAACUUGUACGACAAGAUCGUUUAACACGUACAUUCUCAUCGAAAGCACAUUGGGAAUUGUCAACAACAAUCACUAGUAAUCAUUUAUUAGCAAUUAUUGCACUUAGUAAUACGUUGAUGUCUAUGAAUAAUGCUACAUUUGUGCCAGAACAAGAGCGUAAUCGAAAACUACAUAGACAAUCUACACGAAGUAGCAACUGGAGCAAAAACGAUGAGGAACAAGAAGACAUCUUUACUCAACAGCAGGCUCAAAUUAAACAAGGCUGGUCAUUAUUAGCCACAUUACAUUGUGUUCUUUUACCCGAUAAGGUUGUAACUGCUGGUGCUAGAAACUUUAAACGUCCUCUAGUUGAAAUGAUGGCCAGAAGAUGGCAACAUCAGUGCCUUGAAGUACGUGAAGCAGCUCAAGCAUUACUACUUGCUGAAUUAGCGCGAUUAGGACCAAAAGGUCGUAAACAAUUAGUUGAUUCUUGGGCACAAUACUUACCAACAUACACCCAAACCGAACCAAUCAGUCAACAAGUCAUACAGCAAACAACACCAGCUGGUGGGAAUAAUGGACAACACAAUGGACAAGCGAAUCAUGUACAUGAACAGACUGAAGAGGAUGAAUACGAAGAAGAGGAAGAAGAACAAAGUGUACGCAAACCAACUAGCCUUGCUGAAUUAAAACGAAAACAAACCACGGCCGUUGUUUUAUUGGGUGUAAUUGGUGCAGAAUUCGGUCAGGAUAUUUGUGGCGAUAAUAACAAACGACGAGCAAGCGAAGCUCACAACACUGAUCGGCGUAAGAGUUCAGUUGUUGAAGGUUUUGGAAUUGGAAAUAGUAAUUUAGCACGACAAACGGCUAUGGCGUUGACACAUUUAUUACUUGCACAACCGAGUAGUAAAUUACCGUUACAUACACCAUUACGGCGUGCAGCUAUUGAUUUAAUUGGUCGUGGUUUUACUGUAUGGGAGCCUUAUUUGGAUGUUAGUAAAGUUCUUUUAGGAUUAUUGGAGAUGUGUUGUGAUGCUGAUCGUUUAGUUCCAAGUAUGACUUAUGGUCUGCCUUUAACACCACAAGCAGAUUCAUGUCGAACGGCACGACAUGCUUUGACACUUAUUGCAACUGCUAGGCCAGCAGCAUUUGUAACGACUAUGGCACGUGAAGUUGCAAGAUAUAAUACAUUAGCGCAAAACGCACAAACAUUAAAUGUGAAUAUUCAAACAUCAGUAUUACAUCGAUCUAAACCCGAAAUUUUACGAUGUGUUGAAUUAUUGAUUGACAAAAUGCAAAAUGAAAUGGCCGAUCUACUUGUUGAGUUAAUGGAUAUUAUAUUGCAUUGUGUCGAUCCGGGACAUUUAAAAGUUAAAGGUUUACAAGAUGUUUUUCCAGCUGUUUGUAGAUUUAACCAAGUAUCACAUUGUCCAGCUACAAGACGAAUAGCAGUUGGUGGGAAUAAUGGAAAUUUAGCCAUAUAUGAAUUACGACAGUCAAAAUGUCAAAUGCUACCAGCUCAUUCAACACCAAUCACAGCCGCUGCAUUUAGUCCUGAUGGAAAGUUUUUAGUUAGUUAUGCAUGCGGUGAAAAUCGUUUAGCUUUUUGGCAAACUAGUACAGGUAUGUUUGGUUUGGGCGCAUCACAAACACGUUGUAUAAAAUCAUACAGUACAGCACCAAUUGCGGAUGUAGCACGAUUAAAUCCAAUGCGUUUAGCACGUCUUAUAUGGAUCAAUAAUCGUACGGUAACAUUAAUGUUAGCCGAUGGAUCCGAAACUAGAUUUAAUGUUUAGUCAAUUUUAUUUUAGCUAAAAU